AUGGCUCUGAAGCGAAUCAACAAGGAACUCACAGAUCUUGGCCGCUAUACUGAUAAGUUGGGAUGUAGUGAUCCUCCCUCCUCAUGCUCAGCCGGUCCUAUGGGUGAUGAUCUGUUUCACUGGCAAGCCACAAUCAUGGGUCCCAGUGACAGCCCAUUUCAAGGCGGUGUCUUCUUCCUGGCCAUCCAUUUCCCCACAGACUACCCCUUCAAGCCACCGAAGGUCAAUUUCACAACUCGAAUCUACCAUCCCAAUAUCAACUCCAACGGCAGUAUCUGCCUUGAUAUCCUUCGAGACCAGUGGAGUCCGGCUUUGACAAUAUCGAAAGUCCUUCUAUCCAUCUGCUCUAUGCUUACCGACCCUAACCCCGACGAUCCACUUGUUCCAGAGAUUGCUCACGUCUACAAAACCGACCGCGCUCGAUACGAAGCAACCGCCAGAGAAUGGACGAGGAAGUUCGCAAUCUAG